AGACAUUUAGGCACUUUAUUUCCAGCUACUCUUCUCUAUACAUCUCUACCAGAACAUCAAGAUGUCUUUGAUGUCGAAGACACUUAGCGUGUGUGGGGAUGCCGUGGGCGAAGGAACCCGCAUUUCAUCUUCCAAGUCUGCGUUCUAUUAUGAAAUUUGCCAAUACAAACCUGCUGAUGACCUCACUUUUUACAGUUUAGGCAACAAUAAAAUCACCAUGCAGAAUUUAAACGAUCGCCUGGCAUUCAUUAUUAAGAAGGUGCAGUCUGUUAAGAGCAGCAGCGCUGAUUUACAAUGGAAGAUUAAUGAGUGGUCUACAAGCCGCAUUCUGGUGUCCCGUGAUUACUCUGCAUACUUGGCCACCAUUAAAAGUUUACAAGACCAGAUUCAGGACAUGUAUAAGUCCAAUAAGGAGAUUGCUCGAAAAAUUGAAAAUGCCAGUCUAGCUGCUGAGGAUUACCAAAACAUGUAUAACACAGAGCUGGGCUUCCGUAGGUCGGCGGAGAUUGACACUGCCUACAACAGAAGGCAGAUGGAUGAGAUUACUCUAUCCCGCUCAACUCUGGAGAUGGAGUAUGAAAACCUGAUGGAGGAACGUAUCCUUCUUCAGAAGACCCAUAAGGAGGAGAAAGCUCAGCUACAAGAACAGGCUGGACCCCACAUGAACAUUUCUGUUGAUGCAGCACCCUCUACAGACCUGUUUGAGACUUUGACAAAGAUUCGUGAACAUUAUGAAGAGUUGGUUGCCAAGAAUCGUAAAAGCUUGGAGGUCUGGUUCCAAAAAAAGAUUUCUGCUUUGGACAAGAAGUUUACUGAGGAGAAUGAUGACUUGAAGAAUGCGACUAUAGAAGUCAGAAUGUUGAAGACCAAGUUCCAUAAACUGCAGAUUGAUCAUGAGAGCCAAGAGAACUUGAGCUUGCUCCUUAAAGUCAGUCUACAAGAAUCUGAGACCCGCAAUGGAGUACAGCUCGCAAACUUCCAAAAAAUCAUCACCCAACUGGAUUCCGAGAUCAAGCUGAUUCAUACUAACAUAACCGCCAAAAAGAAAGAAUAUGAGACCUUGGAGUCUGAGAUCAAGCAGUACAAGUUACUGCUGGAGGAAUUGGGCAGUUACUUGCAAGUAUGCAAGAAGAUCGCAGUGGUAAAGGUGGUGGAAAGAAAAGAGUCCAUGACUACACAUGAACAGCAACAUAUCAUGAACACACCUUCAUAA